AUGGUUGAUGAAGCUUUAAUUCAUAUAUUAGUUGUUGAAGACGAGCCAUUCCAGCGUCUUGCAAUGAUUGAUAUACUCUCUCUGCUUGAUUACGAAGUAGAGACAGCUGAAGAUGGGCAUAUGGCUUGAGAACUUUUAAAACAAAAAGGAUCCACCUACGACUUGGUCCUUCUUGACUUAGAGCUCCCAGGAAUGGACGGUCUCGAGCUUCUGGGAAAGCUAAAGGAAACACCAGACCUCAAAGAUAUCCCUGUCGUCAUGCUUUCAGCACAUAGCGAAAUGGACAAAGUGUAUGCAAGCUUGGAUCUUGGUGCCCUGGAUUACCUGAUCAAGCCUAUCAGGCCAGGAGCCGUCAAAACCGUAGUUAAUCAAUUAAAAAUCCGUCCGAAAAACUCACCUACAGUUGAAACUGGGCUUAAAGCAUAUGAAAGAAUUAGGACUCUCGGAAGAGGGGCUUUUGCAUCAGUCGAUUUAGUAAGAAAAAAAAGCACAGGGGAAUUACUAGCCUUAAAGAAAAUCGAUAUGCAAUUUUUAUCUAAUGAAAGAGACCGAAGGAACGCAGAAAAUGAAGCGACACUUAUGAGAGUUCUAGUAGGCCCUACUAUAAUUCAGUUUCACGAGCAAAUUGUUGAAGAGCAAACUUUGUACAUUUGCAUGGAGUUCGCCUCAGGAGGAUGUCUGAGCGAAAAAUUGCAAGAACUGAGAAACAGAGGAGAGAGACUGAGUGAUGAACAAAUAAUCAUGUGGUUUGCCCAAAUUAUUAUUGCCUUGAUGAUUAUGCACAGCAAACAUGUACUUCAUAGAGACUUGAAAACUGAAAAUCUAUUUUUGCAAGGGAAUGUUAUUAAGGUAGGAGACUUAGGAAUUGCGAAGAGCCUAAGUAACUCUUAUGAAAUGGCUCAAAGUGUGGCUGGGACUCCUUAUAGUAUGGCACCAGAAAUCCUGAGGCAGGAAAAAUAUGGACAAAAGACAGAUAUUUGGUCGCUUGGAUGUGUACUAUAUGAAAUGGCUACAUUUAAACGACCAUUUGAAGGAAAAGAUGUCCAGAGCUUGAUUGAUGUAGUUUUAAACAAAGAGUAUCAGCCAUUGCCAGAUUACGUUGAUACUAAUAUAAAGUUGCUUGUAUCUCAAAUGCUGAAUAAGGAUCCAAAUAGACGACCUACAGUUUGGGACUUAGCUAAUAUGCCAAUUGUCAAAGAACACAUCACAAAAUUCGUGGAAGAAACUUCAUGUGCUGACACAAUUAUGCCUCUUUUUGAUCAUGAUCCUCGAAAUCGUAAAAAAGCAGGCAAUGCUCCAAAACCAAAUAUAAUCCAAGUUAGUGAUAUAGCGAGCUUUGCUCGCUCAGAAAUGAGCCUCCAAGACAAAAAAAUUGGCUGGUUUGGUAAAACUUACCAAAGGGUCUUUACAGGAAAUGACUUAUUAGAAUAUUUGCAAAGCAAAUAUAAAUACACCUUAGACCAGUCAAGAAAUGCAGGGCAAGAAAUGCUUGAGCAAGGCUUAAUUCAUAAUAUUGAUGGACAGUCCCUUUUCUCUCAAACUUUAUUCUAUCAGUUUAGAGAAGACAGAACUGAUGUAGCUCGCAACAUGAUCUAUUUGUGAAGCAAAGAUGUGCGUGUUCCUCAUGUUGUUGUAAGAGAUUUGGUGCAAAUUGCUAAUCAAAUUAUAAGUCAGUAUAAAGAUGAUGUGGAAACUAUAAGAAGCAGCAAUGAAUAUAGAGAACUAAUUAGAGCAGUUGGAGAGCUGCAAAGAGUAGAGACUAGAAAUUUAACGAGAAAUGAAAAAGUUGAGUUCUUUUUAGCAGUUUAUCAAAUCAUGGCUCUGCACCAAAUGAUUGAGCUGGGAGAUACAAAGGCAGGGUGGUUUAAAGAUCCAGCUGACAAUUUUUAUUAUUGUAUCAAUUUUUUAAACUACACUUUAAAAGAGCUGAAGCAUGGAGUGUUAAGAGGAAAUAAAAAGCCACCAGGCAGCUAUACGAGGUUUUUUUAUAACUCAGAUCCAAGAAAUAUGCUGCCAAAUCAUCAAGAUCCAAGAGUGUUGAUCGUAUGUCAGGAUCCACCAUAUCCAAUGCAGCCUAUAAUUGAUUUUCAUGAAGGAGUUGAUGAUAUAUUGGAAAAAAAGACUGAGGAGUAUUGCAAUAGAGAAGUUUGUUUAAACUUAUCUGUAGAAGAGCUAAUUUUACCGAAAUUGUUCCAAACUUAUCAAGCAGAUUUUGGAGGAACUGAGGAAGCAGCUAUAAGAUGGCUAUGAAAAUUUUUUAGUGCUUGUAAAAUUAGUGAUGAAAAUGUGAUAUCUAAGAUAAAGAGGCAAAAAUUAUAAGGAUCCCCCCCCUCAUUUGUCCAAUUUUUUAGUCUUUUUUUCUAUCAAAAUUUUGACUAAAAGAUUGGACAAAUGAGGCCCUAAAAAAAGGUUUUUUUCCUAUAAAAAAAAACUAGAAAAUUGGACAAAUGAUAAAAGACUAGAAAAUUGGACAAAUGAGGAGGGGGGAUCCUUAUGUGCAAUACAGGGAAUAA